AUGGAAAUCAAAACCAUCCUACUCCUCCUCGCGGUCACACUCUCAAUCUCAGCGCUCCCUCAACCCGACAACCUCACGCCUGCAACCACAUCUGCAAACACCAACUUCCAAGCUGCAAUCAGCAACGCCAAGCUCGGAGGUAAAGUACAAUGCGCAAAAUGCGCCACAGAAUAUCCCGAGAUCCCCACGAAACUAUGUGAGGCGACGAUGCAGAAAAAGAGCGAGUUGGAUGCUCAGAAGGGGGAUAAAGUUGUGAAGGCGGAUCCAGGGCUGGUGAAUCCGGGGGGUGCUGCUAAUAUAGGGACGGAGUAG